AAGUUACAAUAGAUUUGUCCUGGUCCGGAGGCGGGGUGCCGUACCGUCCGCCUGCUCUGUCCGGGUCGGUCACGGGCGUCAAAGUACGCGUAAACCGGGAUGUGGCAGAGGAUGCGUAUCUGGUCAUGGGCAGUAUCAUUAGCCAACGCAAUCGUAACAAGUACCGUUCACGCCAUGGGUAAGGACAGCCACAUACAGACAGAAUCAAUCAUCAGCCACUGGGCCCGUGUGGGUAUCCAUGUCGUCGUCGACAGGUCGAUACUGCACAGCAAGUCGCACCUCCUGGACAUCCAUCCAUAUCCGGCUAAAGGUUAACCGAGAAAGCAAGAUCAUGCAGCAGAAACUGCACUAGUUAGUACACAAGAUCAAGGAUCCCAACUUCAGAAAGCUUUCCCUGUUAGACGCCGCUGCCGCUC